GGAGAUCCUUGUUUAACUAUGCAAAAACAGGCUAGCGUAACAGUUUUCACUCGACUGUUUUUGCUAGUUGUUUCACACGGAACCCUAUGGCUACGCGUGAUCAAAAUUAACAGAUAGGUGUUUGUAUAAAAAUGUAAACUACAUCACUUGAAAUAAAGUCAACUUUAUACAUUGUUUCAAGAUCCUGAAACAAAUCACUAUGCAAAAUGUCAACCCACUACGUAUGAUACUUUUUAAUUGAGAGCGAAAACCAAAUUCUCAGUGAUUAUACGAUUACUUGUUUUCCAAUUUUGUCUGUCGAAGAAACUGUUGCUACUUUAUCAUCAAGUUCACACUGAGUUAAAGAAAAUUCUUCAUCCACAAGUUCAUAAUUGUUAUCAAGAGAAAAUUGCACGUCUCUGCUGUCACGUUCCUCGCAGGUUAUCGAAAAAAGAUUCGACUUCAUUGUUUACUUUUGGUACACGAUCAAAAACAUGGUUGUUCAAUAAAUUUACUGAAUUAUUAGGUUGUUCACGAGAAUCUUGUUUUGGCUGAAAUAAAAUGUAUAUUAAAAGUAGUAUAAUACUUUACAAACUCUAACAAUUAUAAACACAGAUUUCAUUAAAAAUUUAAACAAUCAUUACAAACAUUAAAAAUAACUGAUCGCAUAAUUGAAAAUAAAAGUAUUUUAAUGACCACAAAUAAUACAUUUUUUAAAACCAUAUAUUAUUGUUUAUUAAAGUCUACUUAACAUUAUAAAAAUAAAUUUUGUUAGUUUUUAGUUACCUUUGCAGACAAUGAUUUAAAUCUUUUUUUUCCAUAUUUUGUCAAUGUAGCACUUGCAUCUAACAAAUAUGCAUACUUUUUUUUACUUUUAUCAUCCAUUAUCAGUUCUUCUUUCAAUAAAAAGCUAAUCAUAAUAAAGUAUAAAUAGUCCUAACCGUCAUAACCUAAAUUUAACCGUUUUUAUAAAUAGAACGUAGAUACAAGAUUUUUUGUCUACGAUCUAAUGACAUAUAAUUAAUUGAAACACUUCUUAGCUUAUACAUAUAUUUUAUAAAUUGUUUCCGCUUUGACUAUAUUUUCCGCACGAAGAAUUCAGAUCGGAAUCUUCGAGAAAAAAGUAGAAAGCAAAUUCCCUAUUUCGUGCGAUUGUAUUCUUACAGCAUAGAGCAUAUACUGCUAAAGGCAGCAUUAUAUCGAACAGUAUGGGUACUGGGGGGUACCCAGUAACCAGUCAAUUAACGUGCAGAGCGAGAGAGAUGUUCGCGAUAUAGUGCUGUCUCUCUGACAUAGCUGACCAGGCUUUCCCGAAGCACCGAGCACAGAGUAUUGUGCCUCCAGAAGAUUCGAGACUUUUGUUUCGACACGAUGUGAUAAUAUCGAUAGAAAGCGUGUUUUUAUUUUUAGUAUUUUUGCGCACAUAAAGUUAUCUCGUGCCGUUUAGAGCUCAUGUAAAUUUUAUAUACGUUUUUUGAGUAAUCAGUAUAUCUAGACUUUUUAGAAAUACCGAAAUUGUCCGAAAAUGUCGAUAGUAUAUGCGCAUAUUGCGUAUAAGACAAAACCUAAUCAAUUUUUUACUGUUCCAAUUACGGACAUCAUUAUUUCUAAAGAAUGCGAUGGACCUUUUCUACCAAAAGACUGAUUUCGAAGCAAAGAAGUUUUAUUACAUAAAAGAAAAAAAUUGUGAUGACUCCUGCGAUGAAGACCAUGACCACCUGUAUGAUUACUACAAAGUUGUGAUUAUUUUUUUAGGAAGUGAGUACAAAAUUUUAUCUCUAAUUAGUGAUAUGAUAAUUUUUUUAUUAUUUUUCUGUUUAUUAUUUCGUAUAAAUUUUGACAAAAAUAUUAUAAUUAUUAUAAAUAUUUUAUGCUUCAUAGAGUCACAAGAAGAUAUUGAAACAAAAAUUACAACGAGUGGUCGGAGAGUGAGGCCAAAGAUUAUCGAUACUGAUUCCAGCCCAGAGAGAAUGAAGAAAUUUAAUAAUAAGCAUAUUUGUAACUAAAUUUCACUAGAGAUCUAUAUAUUCAUCUAAAUUCUCAUAUAUUCAAAUAAAUUUUUCAGGAGAAAAGAGAAAACGAAUAAUUUCUCACAAGUCAAAUAAUCUCAAAAAGAAGUAUGGAAAUACUAAUUCAAACGAAAAACAAUAAAAGACUAUUGAAAGAUGAUUCAGAAGAAGAAGAAUCUGAUUUUUUGAGUGAUACACAAGAUAUUGUGAAAAAGUUAAAAUGUGUUAAAGAUCUCUUAAAACAGCAACUUCAAGAAAGAGACAAGCUAAUAGCUGAUUUAUAUAAGAUAACAAGUGAGCUAAAGCCAGGCCUUCAACAGAAAGAUCAUGCUCUUCAAUAAACAGAGCAAAAUAGAAACGUUCAAAUAGAUGAUCAGCCCAAUGAGAUUGAAAAUAACCAAGUAAUUGAAUCACCACGUAGAAAUGGACAAGCACUUGAACGAAAUCGAAAUAUUGGUAAUCCAGAAGAGCAUAAUAGGAAUGAAAAUGAUCCACGUAAUAACCAACAACCAAAUCAAAAGGUUGGUAAUCCAGAAGACCAUAAUAGCAAUGAAAAUAGGAAUGAAAAUGGUCUACGUAAUAACCACUAAAGUAAAAAAAAUUACAAAAAAAAUGGAAGAUUUAAUCACAGAAUCUCUAAAAUAUUAUCAAGUGAAUAAUCCUGGCUAUCAGGAUAAAAUGAAAAGAUACACCUUGACAGAAACUGGUGAGAAAUAUCUUGGUGAAGAUAUCUCAACUAAUGAUCUAAAUUGGAAUCUUGUGCAAGCGAAAAAAAAUUUUCAACAUUUGUUCGAAGGGCAUCAAGUAUAAUCUGCGGAUCAUAUCAGCUGAUGAAUCGAGCCAUUGAUCUAGGCAGACUCAAAAAGGAAAGAAGAUUCGAAAACAGAUCUCCUGUUAAAGCAAUAGAAAAAAAUUUACUACGGCUUAUUAUAAGUCUAUCUGAUGAUUACUUGCAAAGAAAAAAAUUACCUUUUGAUGAAAAGAUGCGUCUAUUAAGAACAGUCACAUCACAUAUUUAAAAAAAUAUACGUGAUUUGAAAACUGAAGACGAUGAAAGAAAGGAGAAAGAAAUAAGAGCAUUACAAGAGGUGGAAUUAAAUAGAUAACGAGGGGCCAGAAGGUUAGAAUUCCUCGAUGAUGACAUCUAAAAAUAAUAUUAUUUACUUCCUUAUAGUUACCUCGAUAUUUAUUAAUGUUCAUUGACAAGAAUUUUUUAAUUUUAUUUAUUGGUUUCAAAUAGAAAGUAUUUUUUAUCCAAAGAUUAAGUUCAUGUUUUUGCUUUAUGUACUAGUUUCAAAUUAAAAGUAUUUGUAUUCCAAAAGUUAAUUUAUAAAAAGAAUAUAAUGACUUAAGUACAAAAGAUUAAAAAAAAUACUUGCGCAGUAUGCAAUGGUAGCACCAUUUUAACUAUACUUUUUGUUACGUAUUGAUAUUGAUGUAGUCUCUAAAGACGUAAAAAUUAAGGUGUGUUUAUUCGUUAGGAGCGUAAAAGUAAUUAUGUAUUACUUUGUAAUUACUUUGUAAGUUGACGUUAAGGUAAUAUCCUUAUACAAACCUUUUUAUGGUAUAUUAUAUUUACAUACACACACGCACAUAUGUUAACGUAAAAAUCACAAAGAGAAAAAUAUGUUAAGUUAUAAAAUGUAUUUUUGAUAAAUAAAGAUUUUGUUUAA